CGGGAGUGAAGCAAAAAGUAUCCGGGAACUGAAAAAACAAUGGCCUGCAGAGAAAGGUUCCGACAAGAGUUUCGGCUCAAGUCAUUCGGACUGGAUCACGGGGAUCACCAAGACUUUACAAGGAGUCCGUGGUUCAGCAGCCCCGUGCCGUUCCUGAUCUACCGCGCAGUGAUAUGUCUGUACCAGGUCUGCACCUACGCGACUGCACACUCGCUCUACGCCCGACUCAGCCCCAAGUCACUGAUCUACCUGACCGAACUGGGUUACAUCAUCCUCACAGCCCACACUGUAGUCAGCGCGGUGCUCUGCUUCGUCGACUUCUUCUGCAGCCGAUGUCGCGCGAAAUCAUCCGACGACCCCCCGACCUUUCCCGAUGCUGACGUCACAACGGCGAGGUCUACCGACGCCAUUCACCAAACAAGCCAGUCGCCCAGAAUUCCGUGGUACUACAAAGGGUACUGGGUCUUCUAUAACAUGGUCUUCAGCGCCGGUCUGUACAUCACGAUUGCGUUCUGGGCAUUGCUCGCGAAUGACGAGGGUACUUUCAGCAUUCUGUUCCACGCCAUAAACUCAGUUGUCAUCGUGAUCGACGUUGUGGUCAGCGGGCUGCCGUACCGUCUACUCCAUUUUGUUUACCCCUCAGCCUUUGGGUUCGCGUACAUGCUCUUUACGGUCAUCUACUGGGCGGCGGGCGGUACCGACUUCUUCGACAGACCUUGGAUCUACCCGGUGAUUGAUUACGGAGGGAAGCCCGGACUGGCCGCGGGGGUUGCCGCUGGGAGCGUGUUGGUAGCCAUCCCGCUGUGUCACGUGAUCCUCUUCGGUCUCGCUCUUGCUCGCGAGAUGUUGUCAGGUCUCGUGAGGAGGCCCAGCCUCACUAUCAGCGAGGACGUCCGAAUGGAACAGCACCGAGAGGAAGAACGCGCCUGAUUGCCCCUGCAAUACUGUAAAUGUAGAAACUUUCGCGGUGGUUUUCUGUUGACAGUUUUCGCGUUGGCCGCUUCACCGCCCACUUAAAACCACCGCGACCAAUUUUUUCAUGGCUGUAAGA